AUGCUUUUCAAACGUCAUUCAUUAUUGAACAUUAUUAUUCAUCGAUGUUUAUCAAAAAAAGGUCCAACUCUUUAUGAAACAUUGAAAGUUAUUGAAAUUUCCCCGGAUGUUUUUGUUCAACCUGCUGCAACUUUAUUCGUAUAUCCUUAUCGUACAAGUGUAUUUGGUGGACAAAUUGUUGGUUCAGCUAUUUAUGCCGCUCAAAAAACAUUACUUUCAAAUCAUCCAUUACAUAGUAUUCAUUCAUAUUUUCUUGCAGCAGCUGAUAAUUCAUCUGCAAUAACAUAUACAGUUAAACGAUUACGUCAAGGUAAAUCAUUUGAAGCACGUAGUGUUACAGCUGUACAAGAUGAUAAAAUAGUUUUUGAAUCUGAAAUGAGUUUUCAUCGUAAAGAACAAGGAAAUUUAGCACAUCAACCAGCCAUGCCUAAUGUUGGUAAGUUUUCAUUUGAUAUAAAAAUUUUAAAAAAUAAACAGAAAACAACUAUCUAUUUUUCAUUUUUAGAUGUUGUUCCACCUGAAAAACUUCAUUCAACAAGAGAACGAUUUCGAAGUCUUCUUGAUGAUAAACGUCUACCGCCUGAAUUUCGACCAUUUCUUGAAUUAGCUCUUGAAAUGCCUACACGUAUUGAUAUUCGACAUUGUCAUCCACGUGAUUUACUUACACCUGCACCAGAAUGGCCAGCACGACAACUUGUUUGGAUUAAAGCCAUUGAACGAUUACCUAAUGAUUCACAUUUACAUCGAGCUGCUAUAGCUUAUUGUACUGAUCGAGUAUUAUUAACGUCCGCACUUCUUCCCUAUGCAAUUAAUAUAUUUAGUUCACGUAUUCGAAUGCAAGUUUCACUUGAUCAUUCAAUGUGGUUUCAUGAUGAUUUUGGUUUUGAUCCUACACCUCCAUAUGAUCAAAUAAUAGAUGGACAUACUUCAAUACCAAUUGAACGAAAUACUGGUAUUCCAUCUAUUCCACCUAAAACACCAGUACGUGCUGAUGAUUGGCUACUUUACGAACUAGAAUGUCCGAUAGCUAUGCAUAAUCGAGCAUUAACUUUUGGACGAAUAUGGACUAGAUGUGGACGACUUAUUGUAACAUGUGCACAAGAAGGUGCUAUUCGAUGUAAUUAA